GGACCAGAAAAUGUUCAAAUCAGUGGUCCAAGUGAGAUACAAUUGAAAGAGACCUUAACAUUACUCUGCUUUGCUGAGUCCGUACCUGCUACUUACACCUGGAUGCUGAACGGGACAAAGAUACACAAUUCUUCUGUUUUCACCAAAAAGAUCACUGAAUCUUCUGAUAGUGGUGACUACAUCUGUGAAGUGAUGAAUAGUAUAACUGGGAGAACAUCGUCAGCGGUCCAUGGAUUGUCUGUAACAGGUAAAGACGGGUCUGGAGGUCUUUCAGCUGGUGCCAUUGCUGGAAUAGUUAUCUUGUGUUUAGUGGCUUCUUCUGCUGGAGCUGGUGGAGGGUACUAUCUUUACAAAAAAAAAAUCAACAAGAAAACUCCACCAAAUUCUGAAAGUAAAGAACUAGAAGAACGUGCGUAUGAGAACACAUCAGCGAUAUAUGAAAACACAUAAAACCAACGAUCAUCUUUCCCUUAAAAGAAAACUUGGAGGAUGAAGAGCUCCACAACAAGAUAACACAUUUAGCAGCCAUGACAUAAUCAUCAGCUUAUUGAUCUUUACAGGUAAAGUGUCAGCAAACCUUUGCCUUUUACUCAUUCAGUAGAGAGCAACAGUAGCACUUUUAAAAAUAGCUAUGAUGACUUAAAAAAAAUAAUUUCUUGUUCUGCUAUUACUAAUGCGUUUGCAUUUGUAUGUGUUUGCAUGUAUUUUGUGUACUUAGUUAUUUCUAUAUUGAAUAUCUAAUGCUGGCUUUUAUUCUCGUGUUUUAUUAUUGUGUCAACAUUGAACAAUAUCAGGUUGGGAUAAGAGAUUAUGCAAAAGAUAGAUACAAAUAAUUGCAACACAAAAUAUUACGUUUUUUCCUCUUAUAUGGUUUUAACAGCAACUGAAUAUGUAACAGUCUUUUAUAUAUAAUGGUCAGACAGUGGCAGCUGUGGAAUUUAUGUACUUAUUGUUUAUUUCAAUUCAUACAUUUGACAUUUGUGUACUGCUAACAAACUAUAAAUAAAACAAUGAAGUUGUGCCUCUGAGGUUUAUUCUUGAUUGUUGACUAAGCUUCGUGGACAAGUCAAAGCUGAUCAUCAGACUUUGAAAGUGCUCUUUAUGAAUGUAAUCCUAUGGCAGCUGUAAUUAUAUGACAAUUGUUAAAGUUAACACUGAUAA